UGAUUCCCCUUGUCCCCGGAGACAAAAAUAUCAAUUUCAUUGCCCCACUUCCCCAACAAGCCUAUUCUCCACUACUCUCCACCGCACAAUUCUAUUAAAACACUGUUAUCUGUCUCUCUUGUGCACUUGUGCAUCCCUGUGUGUUCAUCCGUAAGCCAUGGACAGCUUCGCAAUUAAUUACAAGUUAUUAUUGUCACUAUUCAUCUUGGUUCAGUUCAUCAUCAUUCCAGGAUCCUACGCGGAGCUGAUGCCAAAUGAGCAAUCAACCGCAAUAUUACAGCCCAUGGGUCCAACCAAGUACCAGCUGUUCGAGGCUAGUUCUCAUGAUGCACGACGAAGGCUAGCACCCUUUCAGCUUUGUUUGCCAUGCAAGUGUUGCGCUGCUGCCACCAAUACCAGCUGCACCACCUUGCCUUGCUGCUUUGGUAUCGACUGCCAGCUUCCCAACAAGCCUUACGGAGUUUGUGCUUUUGUGCCCAAGAAAUGCGACUGUAUCUCUUGUGCUGUCUAACCUUUCCGUCUUCACCUUCCAUUCCAUCCUCUUAUCACCUCAACUCUCCCACGUAAGCCCAACUAGUCUUGGAACCCCUAAAAAAAAAACAGUUCUAAUAUCAAAUCUGCUAUGUGCCGGCAGACAAACCAUUUCACAAACUGUACAAGUUUUUUCAGUUUUUAUAUACUCAAACAUAUCUGUUACCAAAAUUUAACUUGAACAUCUGUUCUUGGUGCUAUUGCUAAAUAUAAUCACCCUUGUAUACUUGUUAUUGUUGUUAUUUAUUAAUACUAUGUUGUUUUGCGUACGAUCAUC